AUGGGAAACAGAGACACACCAUUCAGGAAGGGAUAUAGUGCAUUGAAAUCGGCCUGGGAUAAGUUGAGGGGACCCUUCAGACCCAGACUGGCCGACACACAACCUGCCAGUGCUGCCACGACGACUGCACCUACUGCGCCUAUUUCUGUUCCUCCGGAGAAAGACCAAGCUGCGCAUACGCCGAAGGAGUCAGUUGUGGAAAACCAUUUCGAAUUUAUACCUGUUCUUGAAGUGGACGACGAGAUUCCAACCUCGAUCGAGCGAGUUGGUCCGCCUCCAGGACCACCGUCGCAUACCAUCCGCGACGAUCUACAACAAGAGAGCCAGAUGCCGCUCAGCAGGGUCGAGGCGGUCUUCGCCCGGUAUCACCUGGAACUAGACGAAACCGAAUGGGACAGACGGCCUAAAGUCCCUCAUGAGAGAGUCCACAAGAGCAUUCGAAUGAGGGUCAGAUACACCUGUCACAACUGUUCAACCACCUUCGGCCGAGACAGAGUCUGCGUUGGAUGUCAGCACCGUCGUUGUAGCCGAUGUUCCCGGUAUCCGCCCAGGAAGGACAAACCGAAAGUCCUACAAGACACGGCGGACGAUGGUUUGCCUCAACCUCCAAAUAACGCAUCCCUCACAAACGCCGACAGUGGGACGUGUCACGAAUGUCAGACUGGCUUCGAGAUCUAUGUCGAAGAGUGCCCCAACUGUCACCACAAGAUCUGCGAUAGAUGCAUCCACCAAGCAUCAAUCACUGUGGAACAGAGCCAGGCUCGACCUUCCCAGUCCAGACCGGCAGCAACACCGGACAGAGACGCUGAACAAAGGGCACCCAUUCAAGACGAAUCAACAGCAGUAAGCUAG